AUGGUAGUGCUGCGGGCUAUUGAGGGCUGCUGGAGCCAAGGCAUCACUGCCCAAACAGGUUCCAGGAUGCAGGUUGGCUGGAGGGUGGCCAGCAAGGGAGGGGGGUCUUCAAAGACAGGAACACUGGACGGAUGGUGCGGUGUCAGCUCGAACUCAAAACCUCAAGAUACUCAAAAUGAAUACAAGGAAAACUCCGUGUCCGGCAAGAUUGAAGCCGCCAGAGAAGUCUGGAAGAACAUCAACAGGGCGGCCUUGACCAUGGGCUGCAGCAAUUUUUCUACACUUAUCCCCACUUCAUCGCAGGGCCAGAGCAGUUCGAGCAAUGAUGCCCAAGGCUCGAAGACCUAUCUUGAACGAGAAUUUUCGAUGGAAACUUGCGGGAAUCGAUCGAGCACGGUGGUUCGAAACAAUCCAAGCAGUAAUGGCUGGAGGACUAUGAAGGUCGGAGGAACUAAGAAGGCCACCUAUUUCAGUAAUGGGAAGCCGCUCAAACCAAAGCUGGCAUUUGCCAAGAAGAACAAAACUCUUGCACUUCAAAAGAACAGCAAAAAAAAAUGA